UUGGGGGGUUGGUUUGGGGGUGGGGGGUUAAACCCUCAUGUAAGUCUCACUCCAAACCAAACUCGAAAGUUGGCAGUCCUGUUUUUAUGAAAUCUAAAGGAUGGAAAUAAGACUUCUGAUUUUUGUUUCGAUGUGGUUCUCUGUGCUGUUUAUUAUCGCGGGCGUGUCGGCGAUAGACGUGUUCACUCCAGCCGAGGCGCUUGUGGAGAACGGGACCACAGCGACUCUGACCUGUAGUUUUAAGUCUAAAGAGGUGGUCAGUAGUUCAGCGUCGGUGACGUGGUCUUUCCUGGCGGAGGGAGACACACAGCCCACUUCAAUAUUCUAUUACUCCGGCGGGAAGUCUUUUCCGGGCUCGCUCCCGCAGUUUAAGUCCCGUGUGGAAUGGGCCGGAGACAUGAACAAGAAGGACGCGUCGAUCCGCGUGAUCCAGAUGCAGUUCAAGGACAACGGGACAUUCAGCUGCGACGUGAAGAAUCCUCCGGACAUCUCCGGACAGAUGUCCGUCACUAAAGUCAGAGUGGUCAUGAAAGGUGAUCGGACGGACAUCACCAUUUAAGAUAUGAUAUAAAAAAAAAAUCAAAAUAUGCUUGCUUGUAGGGCUACACAAUUUUGGCCAACAUUUUGUAAUUAUAUAUUAGUUAAUAUUUUGACGGAAAACAGCAGGAGCCUUUAAACUCGUCAUGAAACGGAAGUUGCACUAGUCUUUUCUUCCCUAUUGUGCCGUAUAUCUGAGUGAAACGCUUCUGGAACAAGAACAAAUGUAGGGCGGGGCUUGAUUUUGUCUGUGAGGAAUUGAUUGGAUGGUUGUGGUUUGCUAUUGGUGGAUCUCAUGUGAGUGACAGGUUGCCCCGCCCUCAUCAUCAGAGAAGAGAAGAGAUGCUGAAAGAGGGAGGAGAAGAUAUUCUGAUUCAAGAUUACCAGGAACAUGAAUUUAAAACAAUAAUGAUGUGCACCGAUAAAUCAUUAACAAUAAACACUGCAAUAUUCUAUAAAAAAUAAGAA